AUGGCCAGCGUGCUGGACCCACCACUAGUGUCAGUGAGUGCAGCAAACAUCCCAGUGGCAUCAACACCUUCUAAAACCACCAUUAAAGAGGUCCUGCCACCCGCCGCUGCUCUUCCCUUAAUAGCAGUUGCCUUUUGUGCUGCUGGGAGGUGGUCAGUUGUAUUUCACGUCAGUAAGAUCUCACAGAGAGGAAGACAUCUUCAUGAACUUCUGCUUUUCUUUGACUGCACUGCUCUGAGAGCUCCAGAAAUGUUUGUGUUCCAGAUCACGUCCUUCAUCAUUAUCUGCUCUGUGUUUCUACACACUCACUCAGAUAAAAAUAUCUACUCUGUUGUGGUGCCUCAGACAGUAACAGCUCUAACAGGCUCUUGUGUGGAGAUUCCUUGCGCCUUUAGUGUCUUUGAUUUUGAGGAAAAACGUAAAAGGGCAAAUUUUAUUUAUGGCAUCUGGCUGAAAAACAAACAGUUUGGCAGUUUUAUAGCCUUUAACAGCAGUAAAAACAAUAUAAGAGGAUUUAGUUACAUCCAGAUGACCGGAAAUCUCAGUGAAAGGGACUGCACCACUGUCUUUUAUAACAUCAUGAAGAAUCAUUCAGACCUCUACUACUUCAGACUGGAAAUGGAGCCAAAUGUGUUCAGAGCAACAUUCCCCAAUCCAGCUGAUUCAUCUGAUUCAAGCAAGACUGUGAAGAUCACUGUCAUAGAUUCACCAAAACCUCCCAUCUUUACACCUACUGAUUUGAAAAGAGUGAUGGAGGGAACUACAGUCAAUCUGAGCUGCUCUGCUGGAGCGCCCUGCCCCGAAAAACCUCCUACAAUAUCCUGGUCAAACAUCCCACAAUCAGCCCACAAUACAACACAGUUACAGGAGAAUCCUGAUAAAACCCUGUCAGUGUUUUCAUAUGUGACCUUUAAAGCUUUGUACAUGGAUCACAGGAAGAACAUCUCCUGCACUGCUACAUAUACAAGAAAUACACCUGAUGUCUCCAUUGUGGAGAGCACAGUGAUGCUACAAGUCCAGUUUUCUCCAAAAGAAACUCACAUCACCAUCAAACCAUCUCAUUCCAUCUCUGUUGGUACUAAUGUGACUUUAACCUGCAAAAGCAAAGCCAGUCCAUCAAAUGAACUGAUCUACACCUGGUACAAACAUGGACAGGAGAUGCUCUUAGCUCGGGGAAAGAAGCUUACUUUUAUCCUAAAUAACAAAAAUACUGGAUUGUACUUUUGCAUAGCACAGAAUAAACAUGGCAAUCAGUCAUCACCAGAGAUCCAGCUCACAGCUGAAGGACAAGAUGGACCAUCGACACCUAUGAUUGCCAGUUGCGUGGGAGGAACUGUGGCGGUGCUCACACUCUCUGCAAUUGGAUUUUGUAAAAAGACCAGGAAAAAGACACACAGGGGAGACAAUGUUGGAGAAAAUGAUUCCCUAAAUCAGGCACAGGAUGACAGGAAUUCCACAUAUGCUAAUGUUCUCACCAUGACCAACCAGGACAACCAGAUCUCUGAUGAUCAAAGUGUGCGUGACUGUAAUACUGAGUUCAGUACUCCGAUCGACCACAAUGAAAAAGGUUCAGAUGUAGUAUAUGCACAGGUCCACCUGGUAAACAAAAAACCAAAACCCAUCAGUGUUCUGCCUGAGGACAUUUAUUCUCAGGUGAAAAAGGAUCAUCAUUGCCUACAGCUGUGCUUUCCUUGGAAAUUUUGAAAUGAAACAAUAUCACUGACAACAUCAAAAACAAACAAACAAAAAAUAAUGUAAUAAAUAAAUAAAGGACUCAUGGACUGUCCUUCAAAGUGUUUCCUUAAGAGAAUUGAUGCUGAUACUGUAAAUUCAUGUUUAUUUUAAGCAUUUUUAUUGUUUGAAAAAAUUAUUUCUAUCAUUAUCUAUGUAAUGACUUAUAUCCUUGUUUUUGUAGUUAAUGUGACCUAGAUAAAUAUUGUAAAAUGAAAAAAAAAAAUCUUCCAUUAGUUGAUAAACCAUAAACAUUCACCAUCCUAGAUCGCUUGCUCACAAUUCAGGAAUUUAGGUCAAUAUAUACUUAUUUCACUGUUUGUAAAACAGAGAUGGGAAGUAACAAAUACUUUGUUACUGUACUUAAGUAGAUUUUUCUGGUGUCAGUACUUUACUUCACUAUUUAUUUUUCUGACUACUUUUUACUUUUACUCCUUAAAUUUUUACACAAAUUUCUACUUGCAUUGUCAAACCAGGCUCGUUAGUUUAGUUUCAGUUUUGUGGAUCACCAUUCGAUAACAAAUCUCUUAAUCAUGAAUCGGUUAGUCUGUACUGGCAAGACGAUUUGGAUCCGCGUCUCCGCCAAACGAUUUUUAUCAGAGUAAUCAAUGCGAGUUACUCGAGAAUGGAGUGGAUCAGAGAGGCAAAACUACUGACCUGUAGUUUCGUAUUUGUGUACUUAGUUAAGUGCUAGCAACUUAGCAGAGGAUUAAUAAUAGCUACUCUAAACUAAACUUAAUUACUAUAAUCACUCAAAAUACUGUAUGCUAAAGGAUAUUAUUAUCUACUGUAAGGUUACAGUAGUAAUUUAGCAAACAAAUGUUAUAAGACAUCGUUUUAUAAUAUGUUUAGAGGGAGCUAAGGCAGAUAAUGCAACCUUUAUGACAAUUAAAACCAAAAACCAUGAAUACUAUAGUUAAACAAUGGUAAUCACAAAUUAACUGUGGUUGUGCUACACUAACCAUAGACUAACCAUGACAUCUGUAGUAAAAUUAUGGCUGUAAAUUAAUCUAACAAAAAACAUGGUAAAUUUUGUAAAAUUUACUCAUGAUAAUACAAAAGCAUGUUUAGUAUUUGAAUUUUUUCUGUAAAUAUAUUGUCAUGAUGUAACUAUUAUUGUACUAAUUUUGACAUUUAGGCAAUUUAGAAAAUAUAGUUUUAUUAAAUCUAUAGUAUUUAAGUCAUUUUACAAUAAAACAACACAUGGUCAUCAUGCGAUACCUUAAA